CUGGUUUCGGAGUGUGUCCGGCGUGAGUCAGUUGUUCUCCGGCAGCAGUCGCCACUGCGGACAUGAACCGCGAGAGCUUUGCGGCGGGCGAGCGGCUGGUGUCUCCGGCUUACGUGCGGCAGGGCUGUGAGGCCCGCCGCUCGCACGAACACCUCAUACGGCUGCUUCUGGAGAAGGGCAAGUGUCCAGAGGUUGGUUGGGAUGAAAGUACACUUGAACUCUUUUUACAUGAACUUGCAAUCAUGGAUAGCAACAAUUUCCUGGGCAAUUGUGGUGUGGGAGAAAGGGAAGGGAGAGUGGCAUCUGCAUUAGUUGCUCGGCGACAUUACAGGUUCACUCAUGGAAUUGGACGAUCGGGUGAUAUUUCUGCUGUGCAACCCAAAGCUGCAGGUUCUAGCCUUUUGAACAAAAUUACCAAUUCUUUGGUCCUGGACAUCAUAAAGUUGGCUGGUGUCCAUACAGUGACCAACUGCUUUGUCGUUCCGAUGGCAACUGGUAUGAGUCUAACCCUGUGUUUCUUAACAUUACGACACAAAAGACCAAAAGCAAAGUACAUUAUAUGGCCACGAAUAGACCAGAAGUCCUGCUUUAAAUCCAUGAUCACUGCAGGUUUUGAGCCUGUGGUGAUAGAGAACGUUUUAGAAGGUGACGAGCUACGCACAGACCUGAAAGCAGUGGAGGCUAAAGUCCAGGAACUUGGGCCUGAUUACGUUCUUUGUGUUCAUUCUACUACAUCCUGUUUUGCUCCAAGGGUGCCUGAUAGAUUAGAAGAACUGGCUGUGAUUUGUGCUAAUUAUGGCAUUCCACAUAUAGUUAACAAUGCUUAUGGAGUGCAGUCUUCAAAGUGCAUGCACCUCAUUCAGCAGGGGGCUCGGGUUGGUAGAAUAGACGCUUUCGUUCAGAGCUUGGACAAAAAUUUUAUGGUUCCAGUAGGUGGCGCUAUAAUUGCUGGCUUUAAUGAUUCCUUCAUUCAGGAAAUAAGCAAGAUGUAUCCAGGAAGAGCUUCAGCUUCACCUUCUUUAGAUGUCCUUAUUACUUUAUUAUCACUUGGAUCGAAUGGCUACAAGAAGCUAUUAAAAGAAAGAAAGGAAAUGUUUUCGUAUUUGUCCAACCAACUAAAGAAGCUGUCAGAAGCCUACAGUGAAAGAGUGUUGCAUACACCUCACAAUCCCAUAUCUUUAGCUGUGACGCUUAAAACACUAGAUAAACACUGUGACAAAGCUGUCACUCAGCUUGGCUCCAUGCUUUUUACCAGACAGGUUUCUGGAGCCAGGGUUGUGCCUCUUGGGUCUGUGCAGACUGUGAGUGGCUACACUUUCAGAGGCUUUAUGUCACAUACAAAUAAUUACCCUUGUGCUUACCUCAAUGCCGCAUCAGCCAUCGGUAUGAAGACACAGGAUGUGGACUUGUUCAUAAAUAGACUUGACAAGUGUUUAAAGACAGUAAGAAAAGAACAAUAAAGAGAGUGAUGUAUCUGGAGUUGACAAUUAUGAUAAAACUGAAGAUGUGGUUAUAGAAGAAAUGGCUUUAAAACUAGAUAAUGUACUUCUUGGCACAUGCUAGGAUUCUUCCUGAUGUCAUGUGAAGGGUUUCUUUGUGAUAAUUUAAAAAAAGUGAUGAGGCUACAGUAUAAGCUAGCAGUUUAA